CAACCGUUACUUUGUAGAAAAAAUAAAAAAAAAAUAAUUUUUAUAAUUUCCCGCAACAAUGGAGAAUAACAAUAAGAAAAUGUCGCCGCCAGAAGACGAUUCACGUGCAAAAAAACUCGAUAAUUUUUUGCAACUUAACGCAACCUCGUUAAUCGCAUCUCCGCUCGAAUUUCCUGACGAUCAUGCGAAAAAUUCGUCGUUGAAACGCAGCAUCGAGCCAUAUUGCACGGUACGAAAGCCCCGAAAACGCAUCAGUUUCUCGCCAAACGCUGAACAGACCAGCACGGAUAUGGGUAACAAUCACGGGCAACCAGUUGCUUCGACAGACGACGAUGACGACGACGAAGUUUCAGAAUUUGAAAAUUCUCAAGAUUCCACAAAUUUAUCGCUUUUGAAGGAUUUUAGCGAUAACGACAGUUGCUUAGACGGAAUAAUUUUAUCAAAAGAUGACCCGUCAACACUUUCAGGUCCGGAUUAUGAAAAUUUAGCAACUCCCAUGAACGAAGCUGAUGAUCUCAAAUUUGAGGAUAAUUUUGUGCCGAGCUUGACGAAUUAUUGCACCGUGAGGCAAAAACCUAAAAUCGCGAAUCCGCAUGAUAAAAUAAUCGCUGCUUAUGGAACUAUCAAGAGAAAAUUAAAAAAUCGACGACAAUUGACCGAAAAUGAGGAAGAACUCUUCAAACGUUUGAGUGCGGUGACGACUUUUGACUGCGACGCCCAAGUGAACGAUUAUUUGCGGGAACUCGAUGCGUAUUUGGAUGAAAUGGACUACACGAGUAGUACGGCGACAACGACAUCAUCGUCUGUCGAUGACUUGCAAACGGCAAUUGCGAUCUCGAGUUACGCAACAAAUUCAUUAAAAUCGGAAAACGAUGGACCGUUUGCGGCUGAAGACAAUGAAUCGCGCAAUAAUGAGACGCAGCAACGAGUAGAAAGUGACGCGAUGGGCAGUAAUUGUAGUUUUAAUGGCGAAACAACGAGAAACAAUACGAAUUUACAAGCAAUGGCUAAUAUGAAUAACAAUGGCGGAGAACAAUUGAAGAAAUAUGGUAAUAAUCCGUUUUGCACAUUACCGAAACGACAAAAGAAAGUGAGUGAUGCACAAGAUGCCGCCUCGUGCACGGGGAAAAGUGAAGAUGAAUUGAAUGCAAAUUUGAAAGAUGAAGACGAGUGUGGGGUUUUUCGCAAAGGGUAUUCGAUGCGGUUGCCUGCGAGACCUAAGCUGAGUUGGAAUGGACCGAAUUACGAGAGAAAUGAAGCCGCUGUCCAACCAAAUCAACGUCCUCAACGAAAUUUAUCGUGGUUGCGAAAAUCCAUGCGAAAAACAAGUCCAAUUUACAUUCCCGACCAAGAAAAUGCUCCUUCGCACGAAACUUUCGAUUAUCCGCUCGGUGUUCCGAAUCAAAGCGCAUCACUGACUGCCGUCGAAAACGAACAACCCGCAGCAGAAGAAACUGCAUCGACGAGUGCAUUGACGAGUGAAAAUCUCUUGCAGCGUGACGCCGAAAGGGAAUCUUCGCUCGACGAUGAAUUUCACUCGUUCAACACGACAGUUUAUUACGACGCCAACAGUUGUCACAACAGUAUUCCAUCGCAAACGGCUCACAUCACGUCGACGACGUCUCUUGGCACGCAAGUUCCGGCGCCAAUUCAUCCGGAGCUGAGGCAGGAUGACAUUUUGAGUGUUUUGAGUUGCAGUGAUCCAGAUUCGCCAAGUCGCCCGCGACAAUUGGGACGUCGAUCGGAUCCAAUUAUGCCGAGAAUUGCCUCGAUUAAUGUCGCAACGAGCGAAAAUGCGUCACGGAAUGCUAAUGAGAGACAUGUUUCGAUACAAAAUAGGCCGCAAUUGGCGAUUCCCGCGACAAAUAGUCAUUCUGUGCCAAGUAGCUUAGGAACGUCACGCAAUGCUAGUCCAAUAUCCCUUGUUUCGAGUACAGCAUCGAGCUCGAUAACGCUCGCGACAGUUGAUAGUCACAAUCACAGAUCUCGCACCCGUCGUCCCGAACUAUCGCGAAAUCCGCAAAACACACGCCCAAUACCCACAAUUUCAGCAGCAACUGGUGCAUCUUCCCUUGACCAUGAUGACUCGGAUGACCCUGAAACGUGCAACAGCACGAAUAGCACAAAGCACAAAUGGCCCUAUGGAAUUUGUCGAACAUUGGCGACGAGUUGUUGCACAAUUGGGCUCUUUAACAUCUCGAGAUUCAGUAUUUUUAGCAUACAUUUUGGAGCGAAUUUUAUUGUUCAAUUCCUGAUAUUGUCUUUCUUGAUCGGUGUUCCGAUGUUGUGGUUGCAAAUGUGUUUGGGAGCAAAAAUAGGCGGAAGUCCCAUCGGCAUGUGGCAUAUUAGUCCGAUUUGUAAGGGAAUUGGAAUUGCUUUGCUCAUUGCGCAUGGGAUCACAACUUUAUAUUCCGCCAUAUCCCUCGGAUGGGUCUUAAUGUACUUGCGAGAUACGUUCAUCUCUCGUGGCGAUCAAUACGAAUGGCAAAAAUAUUUCGAACUCUAUCGUGGUCCAAGUAACUCCAAUAAUUCAGUUAAAUUAGCGGAAACUGUCGCAGAUUACUUUAACGGAGUAAUUUUGCAACGUUUGCAUCUCGGGCAGGGACGAGGAGGCGGAAUUGGCAUGGGAAAUGUUCGAUUUCACUUGGCUUUCAAUUUAGCAAUAAUUUGGUUGUUAAUUUUCUUCAUCUUGUGUCGCGGAAUCAAAUCUUACGGAAGAUUUAUCAUAAUUUUAUCAAUUGUACCGAUAAUUGGACUGAUUGCUGUUUCUUCUGGCGUGUUGAGUGUUGUGAAUUUCGAUAGUAUUCAGAAUAUUUUUCCUGCCACAGAUUGGCAAGAUUUCUUCAUUAAUUCACGUAGUUGGGUGAGUGCUGCACAAGAAACGUUCCUAACAUGGGGUUUACUCGGCGUUUCCGUUUACUCCAUUUACUGUAAUCCAACAAAUGCACGAAAUACGCGCAACGAAUUACGACGAGAUGCGUUUAUUGUAGUUUUAAUGACGAUUUUUGUCCUUAUUUUGUCGGCGAUGUUCUCGAGUGCUUGUGUUCAAAUGUUGCACAGUAGCGGAUAUUAUUAUUUUCCGGGAUCUUUUGAAAAUAUGGGUUCUUACGUAUUUUUGAUGCCCACGGAUCGUCCUUUGCCAUCGCCAUUAACGUCGUUUCCCUCAAAAUGGCUUACGAGGUACUCGACUGUGUUGGGAGAAUCGUUUCGAAAGUUUGGGCAUUCAUAUCCAAAGGAGUCUGGAUAUCAAGUUCUUCGAUUGGUAACAGAGCUCUUGCCAUCAACUUUAGCAGCAUCCAAAGACUCAAUCCCGCCCGUUGUCAGCAUGUUAGCUUAUCUAACACUUCUUUUGUUCGGAUUAGCUCAACUUGCGACGAUGUGGAAGCCAAUUGCAACCUUAUUAGGCGAUUCUCCGAGCGGAAUUCUUCUUUCUUGUGUCACAGCAUUAUUUUUGGGCAUCCCAUUAGCAACUGAAUCGGGAAUUUCAAUUUUGCAUUUUCUUGAUACCGUUAUUGGAGGAGCAUGGUGGCUUUUACUUUUAUGGUUUGCACACAUAAUUGGAGUAUUUUUAGUUCGAGGAAGGCCUUACACGAGCGAUAUUUUGGUCAAAGAAUUACAUUUAUUCGACGGUUUCUCAGCUUUUAUCGCGUUUUCGUGGAACGUUUUGUUGCCCGUUGGAUUAAUGAUGCUCUGUAUCAUCGAAUAUCGCCUUUCGAACGUUUAUGACUUCUUCCAUUGGCGCGGAAAUAGCUAUUGGCCUCUUUGGUCAAGGCAAAUUGCGGGAAUUAUUCAAACUUUGUUCCUUUUAAUUGUGCCUGUGACAUGUAUCGUUCAAAUUUAUCGAUAUUUGAGCAAAGGUCCUCCUGACAUUCUCGAACGAAUUGAGUCACUUUAUCGUCCCGUUUUACGUGGCGAACGAAAUUUACGACUUCCAAUUCAUCGAUCGCGCCCUCCAAAUAUGGCACAAAAUCCCGUAAAUGCUUCUGAAGGUCACACAACGAAUCAAGUACUUCAAGUUGAUGAACCGCCCAAAUAUACGCCGCCUCCAAGUUACACAACAGCAACCGGAGCACGCAUUGCUAAAAUGUUACGUCAAAGUAUUCGACGGAGUAUGCGACGAAUUCUUGGCGAAUCAAGUCAAAAUCGUCGACAACUUCCUCCCAUUGAAGGUCCCCCUCCCGAAUAUGCUGACUCGCAAAAUGAACGAAACGCCCUUUCUUGCAUCGAAAUUGGUCCCCGACCUUUGUACAACAGCUCGACAAUGGAACGUCGAAGAUCUCUCAACAACAACGUCGCAUCAACGGAGCAAACUCCUUCAGUGCAUCCACAAGAUGUUGCUUUGUUACUUCGCCCGAGUCGAUUAUUGGCUUUUAAUCGAACCAUGUCGCUGGGAGACGCCGUCGUCGACAAUGUGCUGCGAAAUUCAACGCGACGCCAUUCACGUUCUGUGGAGAAUUUGGUACUAAAUGCCGAACAAAUCGGCAGAUCGAGUCUCAUUAACAUUCAUUUAACUGAUGAUAGUUCCAUUACUAAAGAAGAUCAUAUUAAUGAAUCAUCUGUGAUAUAAAUUAUUGUAUUUUAUUGAGAGAAUUUCUGAGAAAAAGUUGAAAAAUUGCUUUUUUUGCCUUAGAGAUGUCUAAAUAUUAAAAGAUAGAUUAGAAAAAAAAAAUAUAUAUUUAAUUAUUUAUGAAAAAGGUUUCAA